AUGGCUCUCCAAGCCUUCCCCUCAAUUAGCGAGUCAGUGCGGCUCAAAGAUGGCACCACUUACGCCUUCGUCCACUUGCCUCCUGCCGACUCCCAGAAGCCAACGUUCCUCCUUCUUCACGGAUUUCCAAGCUCGAGCUGGGACUGGAGGCACCAAAUCGCUCAGCUCAAAAAAGCCGGGUAUGGCGUUGUGGCACCUGACUUGCUGGGAUAUGGUGAUACAGAUAAACCAGAAGAGCUUGAGGCAUACUCGAUGAAGAGGAUGAGCGGCCAUGUGGCAGAAAUCCUGCAGAAAAAAAGAUUGCAGAAAGUCAUUGGGGUUGCACACGACUGGGGUUGCGGUCUUCUAGCCCGCCUUGCUACGUACCAUCCUGAGUGCUUUCUCGCUACUGUCUUUGUCUCCGUGGGAUAUAUCGAGCCUGGCCUCGUUCAUGACAUUGAUGCCUUCAACGCUCUCACCGAGCAGGCUUUUGGCUAUCCAACCUUUGGGUACUGGAAAUGGUUCAACACCGAAGAUGCAGCCGAGGUAUUUGAUCGGAACCCUCAAGCCGCCUUCUCCCUCAUCUACCCUACCGAUCCUGAGAUUUGGAAAACCGACUUUUGCCCCGUAGGAAAUGCAGCAGCGUGGAUUGCUUCCGGUAAAACCACACCACUCCCCGAUUGGGUCACCGAAGAAGAAAAUGCAGUGAGGAACGAGAUCAUGGGGCAAAGUGGCUAUGCUGCCCCUUUGAGAUGGUACAAAUCUGCUAUGAGAGGCAUCAAUCAUGCCGAUGAAGCCGAUGUCCCGCACGAGAAGAAAUUCCUCACACUACCAAACAUGCUGGUCGGCUCAACAAAAGACUAUGCAACCAGAGCCGAUAUGCAAGAGCAGCGCCAACGAGAGUGGACGAAGAAGACCAAAGUCGAGGUUCUAGAUUGUGGGCACUGGAUUCAAUUGGAGAAGAGAGAGGAGUUGUAUCACCUUCUUACCAACUUCGCCGACAAGGUCGCUGAGCCUGGAAAGUAG